UGUUAAUUGACUGCAUGGAGUUCACUAUCUCCAAGAAGAUUUUCUCUCGUCGAUCCCUAAAAUUAAGAAGCCAAAUUUGGAAGGUGAACCGAAAGUUUAAAGUUAUGUUCAACUGAUUUUGUCUCUUUCAAUUGACAAAUCGUCAUUCAAUUCAAUGCACAACCAUAAGCAAUCAAUCCUUCGCAUGCAGACCUCCAUAGCCUCCAUUAAUGGGAGGGUUUUUGCUUCCCUCUCUUUGAACGUCAGAAAAUGGGUUAUGACGGCGAAAAAAUGGUGUUGGCUAUGUGUAGCGACAGGAACAUGGGAUCGGGGAUUACUAUUUGGGAUGUCAAAACAGGCCAAACUCUCCUUCACAUUCCCACUUGCGCUUCGCCUCCCUACGGUUUGAUUUGCUUGAGAAACGAGUUCCUUGUUGCUUCUCAGACUCGCAAGGAAGGGUCUGUUGGUGGUGGAUCUAUCUUCAUUUGGUCACUCAACAAGCCUCAGCCGCCCAUUAUGAGCUAUACAUUAGAGCCCAUUGGACCACUUGCCUCAACAAAGGACAGUGUAUAUCUUGCAGGCGGAACUCACUCAGGAAAUAUUCAUCUUUGGGAGGUUGGUAGUGGUAAAUUGCUCAAGAUUUGGAGUGGUCAACGUAAACCUAUAAAAUGCGUUCUAUUUUCUUGGGACGAUUCGUUUCUCAUUACUGGUUCAGCUGACGGAAUGAUUUGUGUCUGGUCCAUGAUUGGUUUGCUGGAUGUGGAACUUGUGGGAAAUUCACAACCAAUAUUGUAUUGUCUCAUGGAACAUAACUCAUCUUUAACUGGUCUACUCACCAUGUCUGGCUGCUCGAUGUCAAUAAUCAUUUCAAGCUCCCUCAAUGGCAGUUUAAAGUUUUGGGAUUUAAUGUCUGGAAUGAUUAGGGGAACUCAAGCUCAUACAGAGGGGAUCACUGCAAUUGUUCUUCAUCCAACUGAGCAACUUCUGUUCUCUGGGACCGCUGACGGGCGAAUUUUUGCUAGCAGGCUUGCAUUUGGAUUGGAUAACUGCAUUACCAUUAAAGAAAACCAAUUACUUGCACCAAAAGGACACAAAGGAGCUAUUACUGCUCUGGCCUUCAGUCAGAUGGAUCUAAUUUCUGCAUCCGAGGAUUGUACUAUCUGCAAAUGGGACAUCAGCGGUCAGAGAAUCAUACAGAAGCUCGACCAUAAGAAAGGGAGAAUAACCAAUUUAUUAGCAGUUCCACGGUCGUCCUUGAUCUCCACAUCAAAUCGUAAGAGAGUCUUGAAUCAAUUCUCCAUGUCCUCACUCGACAAGUAUCCUCAGCCGGCUAACUUGUUGAAGAGCACAAUACCUCUCUUUCCCUCCCUCCAACCCCUCCGGGAGAAUCUGAAUUCCAUCGGAUUCACAAGUACUGGCUCAUUGAAUCAGCAAAUACUUGAUACGAAGACAGAAGGGACAUCGGCAGCAAUACAGAUGAAAGUAGAAACAAGCUUAGAAAGGCGAGUAUGGGCUUCCAAAAUGACGAAGCAAGUGAUGGACAUGAACAACCAUCUUCAAUCACGGUUACUAGACAUGAUGCGGAUUCGAUUGUUCGGGCCUACAAAAAUUAGCUCGUCCUCGAAGAAACGAAAAGAUGAAAGAGAUCGAGUUGCAAGGACGAGGGAGAAGCGUCCAUUGUCAUUCCAUUAAUCUGUGGAAGAUUUGGUGGACCAACUGAAAGUGAUAUAUUAUCUAUAGAUCUUUAAAAUGUUUGCAAACUUGAACAUGGUUCAUCCGAUUAAGAUAAAUAUUUCAACUUAAUUUUAAGGAAGGCUACAUCAUUAGUACUGGACAUGUCAAGUAAGGACUUUUUUUUUUUUCUUUUUACCUUCUUUCUGGAUUAAUUUGAAGAGCCAUUUUUUUCCAUGGGAUGUAGACUUGGAUGCCUGAAAUUGGAAACAUUGAGAGAGCUAUAUGUUCAUCUUAGAAUUACAUAUUGUUUCAAUAUCGGUCCUAUCAACCUAAUCCUAGUUUAAUAUUCUAUUUUUAUAUUAA